CGAGCAGCACCACGCCGGACAGUGACACAGCAGGAGGCGGAGGGGGGCAGCGAGCCAGACCGGAUCCUUCAUGAGGGAAGAGGCCAGGGAGAGCCAGGCAGCCCCGGCUUCUCUUCUCUUCACCGACACUAUUCUUCACCGCGAGCCCCGGAGCCCGAGCAGGGGGCUGCGCUACCGCCCGGAGGAUGUCCCGACAUGAGGGUGUGAGCUGUGAUGCAUGUUUAAAAGGCAACUUCAGAGGUCGACGAUACAAAUGUUUAAUUUGCUACGACUAUGAUCUGUGCGCAUCGUGCUACGAGAGUGGUGCGACGACAACCAGACACACCACAGAGCAUCCCAUGCAGUGUAUAUUAACCCGAGUUGACUUUGACUUGUACUACGGAGGGGAAGCGUUUUCAGUGGAGCAGCCCCAGGCCUUCACAUGUCCCUACUGCGGCAGAAUGGGCUACACGGAGAUCUCCCUGCAGGAGCACGUGGCUGCAGAGCACACAGAGACCUCCACAGAAGUGAUCUGCCCCAUAUGUGCAGCGCUGCCAGGUGGCGACCCGAAUCAUGUGACGGAUGACUUUGCUGCUCAUCUCACACUUGAACACAGAGCACCCAGAGACUUGGAUGAAUCCAGUGGCGUGCGGCAUGUGAGGAGGAUGUUUCACCCAGGGCGCGGGCUGGGGGGUCCACGAGCCCGCAGGUCGAACAUGCACUUCACCAGCAGCACCACAGGGGGGCUCUCCACUAGUCAGAGCUCCUCACAGAGCUCCAACUACAGCAGAGAGGCCAUGGACCCCAUAGCAGAGCUUCUGUCCCAGUUGUCAGGGGUGCGGCGUUCGGCGGGCGGCCAGCUGAGCUCGGGCCCCUCAGCCUCACAGCUCCAACAGCUUCAGAUGCAACUCCAGUUGGAGCGCCAGCAGGCCCAGGCGGCGCGUCAGCAGCUGGAGACGGCCCGGAACGCCACCAGGGGCGGAGGCAGAGCCAAUGCAAUCCUCAAUACUAAUUCAGCCGCCACAAACCCUAACUCAAGCGCCAACCACAACACCAACCCCAGUCCCAACCCGGGUCCGCCUGAGUCGAACGCACAGCAUACUGCACAUAGCUCCCAGUUUCUACUCAGCAGGCUGAGCGAACCACGGCUGUCUGAGGCCGAGCGGCAGGCGUGCGAGGCCCAGUGGGCCGACAGGAGCCUGUUUGUGGCGGAGCUGCUGCUGUCCACGCUGCUGCCUGACGAGGACGGGUCGGCCUCCGAGGACGAGGACAACUGUCACGGCACGUUGCGGAAUUUCGCUGACUUCGAGGCCAUGGGCUGUGUUGAGGUCAUGACCUUGGACGUGGCACUGGAGAACCUCAACCUUAAGGAGUCAACCCCAACUACCAAGACAACGAAAACGACGCCUAAAACAGCCCCAACGAAGAAAGAGCCGCCCGCCCCGCCCCUUUGAUGACAUGGCCACUCCCUCCCCUCAAACCACCAUUGAAACUGGCUGACUGCGGAGUCGGUCCAACUGCCAAUGGAUGACAAAAAAAGACUGCAGUUUUUUUUUUGGGCUUUGUUUUAUUAUUUUUUUUUCUCAGUGAUUGUCAUUUCAGCUCUGUCGCUCCCCACUCGACCCCCAUGUUUAUUAAGUUGUGUACGUUGAAUAAAAGUAGUGAGACGAGAGAAUGUGAAAGCAAGCAAGCGUGGUGGGUGCGUGAGAGAAAGGAAAAAUAACUAUAUAAAUAUAUUAUAGAAAAAUCUAUAUGAAAGUUGAUAAUCAAUUCCACAUAACCCGUGUUUCCUCUAGCAGAUGAGCAAAACGUAGUUAGCCGUUUUAAGAGACAAACACGUCACACACACUCACCCACGGAGAGAAGGCAGACUGAAACCUCUCCGGUAAAAAAACGCUGCUGUGUAUUUAUAGUUAUGAAUUAAAGAAGUGCUUGGAUGGAUUACCACAACUUAAGCAUGAGCUUAAAUCACCAUGUGCCCGUUUUUAACUGCACAGUCACCAGACGGGGAGGUCGUUCUCUUUCGUUCAGACACCCGAGUAACUGUAAAUUAACGGUGCUGAGUGCCGCAUCACUGGCACUUCUGCACCAACACACACACACCACACCCACACACAAACAGACUGAGGACCGCAUUCUGGUUGCAUUCAUGUCCAGUCUCAACCCCUCCCCCUUAUGUGACAUCACUUGUUUUGGGUCAUGUGACCUUGCUUUAUAUCGACUGUGGGCACUUUGGUUUUGAAUCGCAUAUCCAGUGUCCACCUGUGUACACUACAGAUGCUCUACGUAAAGGCAACACACAACUCGGAGGCAGACGGAGAUGAAACGGUGUCUUCAGCGAGACCAUUUUCAGUCCUUUUCUAACUUGGAACAAACACAGACACCCUGGUCUUCGUACGGUUGUUUUUUUUUGUUUUGUCCCCCCCCCCCACUCUGUCUCUCUCUCUCUCUCUCUCUCUCUUUGACGGAAGACCAGAUGCUACUUUCUCAAGCUUCCCGUGAUCUGAAAUUAAUCUUCUCUCCAUUACUCUUGAAUGCAAAGAUUACUCAUAAUGUGACUUGAAGGAGAGAAUCCUGUAUUUCUCUUUCCAUUCAUUUCUCAGUCAAAAAAAAAUAAAAAAAAGAUCUUUGUAUGCCUCCACUGCUACCUGAAGAAAUGCAAUGUAUGUUUUUGGCUGAGCGAACAGGCCAAAUGACAGGGUAAACCUUUCAGUUUGGAGGACAAUAAAAAUGUUUUGGAUGGAAAUGAACUAACCCAAA